ACAAGACGAGGACACUGAUGGGACUAACUGCCUAAAUGAUUUUAUAUUCUCUCCACUUUUCUGGAUUAUAACUUUCCUGGGAAACUAUUUAGUGUGUGGUGGUAUGCUGGCCGACUCACUUCGAACAGAGUUUAUGGCCCGAGGCAUUUCCACAACAGAACCUCUUCCAAAGACUAGUGUACUUCUCGAGGAAACUUGAAGCUUUUCCUUAACCUUCAUUUACAGGUGUAAAAAAUGGUUGGCAUGAAACCCAAAGACGUGGUGCCCUCUGCGGCAGUUAAGUUCUUCGGGGCAGGCACGGCGGCUUGCAUUGCUGACCUUAUCACCUUUCCAUUGGAUACCGCCAAAGUCAGAUUACAGAUUCAGGGGGAGUCUCAGAAAGUUGAAGGGGCUAGUACAAUGAAGUAUCGGGGAGUGUUUGGCACCAUCACCACCAUGUGGCGUACGGAAGGGCCCAGAAGUCUUUACAGUGGACUGGUGGCAGGACUUCAGAGACAAAUGAGCUUCGCCUCUAUCCGAAUUGGCCUUUACGACUCCAUGAAGCAAUUCUACACUCGAGGCACUGAGAGUGCUGGGAUCGUUACUCGGCUUAUGGCGGGCUGUACCACAGGAGCCAUGGCUGUGGCUUUAGCACAACCAACAGAUGUGGUGAAGGUGCGUUUCCAAGCUCAGGUACGACUAGCUGAUGGUGGGAGAAGAUACAACAGCACCUUGAACGCCUACAAGACGAUUGCCCGAGAUGAGGGAGUACGGGGCCUUUGGAAAGGUUGCAUGCCCAACAUCACCCGUAAUGCCAUUGUAAACUGUGCAGAGCUGGUGACCUAUGACCUGAUUAAAGAACUCAUCCUGAACUAUGGCCUAAUGACAGACAACCUGCCGUGCCAUUUCACUGCCGCAUUUGGUGCAGGCUUCUGCACAACAGUAGUUGCUUCUCCUGUGGAUGUAGUCAAAACACGGUUCAUGAAUUCGGCGGAUGGCCAGUACAGGAGCGCUAUCAACUGUGCUCUCACCAUGGUGAGAAAAGAAGGACCAACAGCCUUCUAUAAAGGGUUCAUGCCUUCUUUCCUGCGACUGGGGUCAUGGAACAUUGUGAUGUUUGUGACUUAUGAACAAAUUAAAAGAGGUAUGACCAAAACACAACAGUACUGGGAGUCGCCGCUUUGACCUCAGCUUGUCAGACUGUUGGAAGCUGUAGCUCAUCAACCUUCCAAAAGAAACACAGACUCUAAGGGCAUUGUUGCAAUACAGAAUGAUUUAAGGAUGCACGUAUAAAGAAAGCAUGAAAAAUAUGCGUAUUUAGCUGUAAAAGACAGAUGUGAAAUCAUUAUUCCAGAAGAUUACCGUAUGUUUUUAUCUCUUAUCCACAUAUAUACUAAAAAACUUGAUCAGCGGACUGUUACAUAGUUUUGAGAUGGAUUUCCGUGUUUACAAGAAUGAACUGUGAGAUAAUAUGAAUAAUGUUACUGUGUCAUUUUAUUUUGUAAUUUAGGGUAGGUUUUCCAUUAGGGUAUUAGACAGAUUGAGUCUGGCUACAGAGACCUAAACAGUGACCAUUUCUAUGUUCCUUACGUUGCUUUCAGUGUUAUGGUUUACAAUGUUUACCACUGUUUGUGAAUCUGUUCAGGGGUUUAUAGGUAAAUCAAUGUGCUGCUCAUUGUAGAUAGCAUGAUUUAUUGCUGGUCAAUAAGUUCUAAAUAUGUUGUGCACAGUGUCAAAUAAUGUCAAAAUGAAUAAAUGAAGUGCCAAUUCUUU